AUGACCGAGCUAGAAAAUAUAAAUCCCAACGUGUACAAUAAGUGCGAGGAUCGAAAGCUAACCAAAGACGAUGAAAACGAAAAUGUCGUGGAUCCAUUUGACGAGCGAGAAAUUUUUGAUCUUAUUCGUAAUAUCAACGAUCCCGAGCAUCCAUUGACACUGGAAGAGCUGCACGUCCUGGAACAAAGUCUUAUCACCGUGGAUAAUGAGAAGAACACCGUCAGCGUUCUGUUCACACCAACGAUCCCGCACUGCAGCAUGGCCACUCUUAUAGGCCUCUCGAUACGUGUAAAGUUGUUGCGAGCUCUUCCUCCCCGAUUCAAAGUAUCGGUAGAAAUAAAUCCAGGAACACACGCGUCCGAGCAUUCCGUCAACAAACAGCUGACCGAUAAAGAACGCGUUGCAGCGGCACAGGAAAACACACACCUAAUGGAGGUUAUUAAUCAGUGUAUCUCGUCGCCGCUGAAAUAA